AUGGUUGUCGACGGUGGUCGCAGCUGGCGUGAGGUCCGCGAAAGUUAUGCUUUGCUGCCUUUGGAGCGACCAAGCCCAGUGGUAGACAGCUCCAGAAAACGAGCAUCUGAGGGAUAUCCGGUGAUCAUCCCGGCCCCCGAGCCUUGGCUGGGACGAAUGCUUCCAGAUGUCCAAGAGGAUGGUGCACCUUGGCGCACCGGGCUCUUUUGGACCAGCUUCGGUGGUUUGCUGGGCGUCCUCCGCGGUGCAGCUGUGGCCUUCCUGAGCGAUGGCAGGUCUCGUUCCGCCUCGCGAUGUCAAGCUUUCAUGGUGGGUUUCAUGGCGUCAGCUCCCUGGUACAUGUCCAUGUUGGGCCUGUCAGGUGUCCUGUCAGUCUACGCCGCUCGCGCGGAGCGCGCUGGCCGCAAAAGGGCGGCAUUUUGGGAUGCGGAGUCCCAUCCGGCCUGUGAGAACCCAGAUCCUCGGGCUGCUGAAUGGCUGUUGGACGAGGGGAUGAAACGGACCAGGGGAAGGCCCCGUUUGAACGGCAACCCCUUGCUGCGUACGGCGGCAAGUAGGUGUCAAGUUUCCCUGGUCCGCCGCUUGGUGGAACUGCGGGCGGAUCCCAGCGCGCCGGAUCCGCGCUAUGGGAGUACGGCCUGGAGCCCUGUUUUUUUUUUGCCCGGGCUCCAGGGUUUUACCAUUGGGAAAUCUUCCAUCAGAAAAUUGGGUACAUAG